CUUUGGGGAGAGCGGGUACCUGUCAAAUUCAGGUACCCACUCCCACUUCCAUUGCAAUCGCCUAAGGCGAUCGGAAGCAGAAGUUGUCCGCCCCCCCUCUCUCCCCGUAGUCUUCUGGGACACAUGACAGGUACAAGAAGACUACGGGACCAUUCACAAAGCGCAGUGAUACUCGCACAUGCGCAGUGGGUACCCGGCUGUGAAGCUGCAAGCUGUCACAGCCGGGUGCCCUCACUGAAGAUGCCGGCGCCGGAUAGAGAAGACGGCCGAUGAAACCAGUCAUGGUGAGGACACCGCUG